AUGAUCGCGCGCAUAAGUCUUGUUUGCUUCAUCUGCGCCGUACUCUGCGUCAGUGCUAGCCCCCGCUUCGUCGCUGCGACCUCCGACCCUCCUUCGACGCCCGUGUCCGGCAAGCAUGGAGCCAUUGCGACUGAGGUCGCUGCAUGCUCCCAGAUAGGCUUACAGGCCCUCAAAGAUGGCGGUACUGCAGCAGACGCCAUCAUCGCCAGUUCACUCUGCGUGGGCGUCAUCAACUCGUUCCACAGCGGUAUCGGCGGGGGUGGAUUCGGUAUCGUCAGAUACCCCACAGCGAGCGGCCAUGCCUACGAGAUGAUCGACUUUAGGGAGGCAGCACCCGCAGGUGCCAACCAGACUUUGUAUACAGAGUCAUCGGACAAGACUGCUUCGACUGUUGGUGGGUUGGCCAACGGCAUACCAGGCGAGAUAAGAGGCUGGCAAAGCCUACAUCAUCGUCAUGGCAAGCUAGCCUGGGCGCGCCUCUUCGCCCCCGCUGUCGAUCUCGCUCGCAAUGGAUUCCCUGUCAGCGUCGAUCUGGCCAAUGCAUUCAAAGGCUACCCAUUCUUGUUAUCAGAUCCUCUCUUUGCAGAGUCAUUCGCGCCCAACGGCACACUUCUCACACUUGGUCAGACAUGCUAUCGUAAGAGAUAUGCAGAUGUACUCGAAGCGAUAGGCUAUCAUGGCGCAGACUGGUACUACGAAGGCGAGAAUGCGCAGUCUAUCGCCAAUGCCUCGCAAUCUCGUGGCGGCAUCCUCACCGUGCAAGACCUCAAGAACUACACCGCCAUCUUGCGCAAACCUGCUUCGAUCAAGUAUCGCAAUCACCGCAUCUUUUCCACCAUUGCGCCCUCGUCGGGCUCGGUUGUCUUGUCUGCACUCAAGAUUUUCUCAGGUUUCAAUGGAUCAGCCUCGGAUACGGAUCCUGCAAUCAACGAGACCACACACUAUCUCAUUGAAGCUACACGCUUGGCCUAUGCGCAAAGGACAAAUUUUGGCGACCCCGCCUUUACAGCAAACGUAUCAGCGCUCGAAAAAUCGUUCUUGACGGACAAGGUCGCAAGUGAGGCAAGAGCCAAGAUCAGCCCGAACAGAACAUACCCAGAUGCCUACUAUGACAUUGGGAAGUACGCCAUACUGAACGAUAGCGGUACAUCACAUCUCGCGGCAGCCGACAGCAAUGGCUAUGUUGUCUCACUUACGACCACCAUCAACCUCUACUGGGGCUCGCAGGUCAUGACCGACAAGGGCAUCAUCUUGAACGAUGAGAUGGACGACUUUAGUUCACCCGGUCAAACGAAUUCUUUCGGCUUUGCCGCUGCCCCGGCCAACUUCAUACAACCUGGCAAACGUCCCCAAUCCUCCAUUGCAUCUAGCAUCGUCGAAGACCUCGAUGGCAAUUUUGUUGAGGCAACGGGUAGUGCGGGCGGCUCGCGUAUCAUCACCGCCACUUUGCAAAAUAUCUAUCACUACCUUGACCAAGCCUUAUCGGCCAACGCUACAGUACAUCAUUCGCGAUGGCAUGAUCAACUUACAAACGUUACUUAUUUCGAGUACGCGAGCCCUCAAGUGGGCAUACCAGGCUACUCGAACUCGACCGUCGCUUUCUUGACCAAUCAAGGCUACAAUGUCACGUAUGAAGACACAACAGGCAGCACGGGUCAUGUUGUUGCACUGAAAGAUGGCAUCUUUACUGCGGCAUCCGAUCCACGCAAAGCAGCAGGCCGAGGUUCAGCUUACUGA